CCUAGUCCUUGUUUUACUACUGUCCACUCUAAAACCUCGCCCCCUCCGAUAUCCCUCGCGGUAGUACAGUGCCGUUCUCCGUGUCGAAGCUCUUUCUCUUUCGAAGCCCAGAAGAUUCUCUUUCCGCGGUUCGCUCUUUCUUCUGCGCUGUGAUUCCAGGUCUUCGAUCGGUGCUUUUCGCGGGUUCUGUACACUUUUGUGAGCCUCUGCUUUGUUUUGCUCUUGACGCAUGCUGGUUUUCUUUUGCUCUUCCCUGUUGUUGAUUUCCUUUUGGGUGGGAGGCUGAGCAGUUACUGCUUUGGUUGUUGUCAUUGCAUAUAAAGAGUUUUAACAGUUUUGUCGAAUGAGCAUCCAUCUGAGCAUCUAGACAGUCCUCCUCUUCGAUUCUUGCAGCUCCUCACUAUGGAUGCUAUUGGAAAGAUAUUACCGAAUCGGAAGUUGAAGAUCAAAUUUGCAGCUAAAAAAGUUGAAGCUGAACCUGUGACACUAUCAUGUGAGUUUGGGAAUGAUAUUUCACUCACUGAUGAAUCUGUUCAUGAAGCAAAAUCUUCUAUUGCAGGCACAAAGAAGCGUGGCACACCGGGCAUUACAGAUGUUCCAAAGGCGAAGAGGCAGAAGAUGGAUCGUAGUACGACACUGCAGUGUACUUCCAUUCUGAAAAAACUGAUGACUCAUCCAGCUGGUUGGGUUUUCAAUCAACCAGUGGAUCCCGUGGCAUUGAAUAUCCCAGACUACUUUUCUAUUAUAUCUAAACCAAUGGAUUUGGGAACAAUAAAGUCCAAACUGGAGAAAAAUAUGUACCUUGCUACUGAAGAAUUUGCAGCUGAUGUCAGGCUAACUUUUGCCAAUGCCAUGCUAUAUAAUCCUCCUUCUAAUAAUGUUCAUCAGAUGGCAAAGAAACUAAAUGACCUUUUUAAUACAAGAUGGAAAACUGUGGACACAAACUGGUCUGAAAGCUCAAAGGUUGAUCCAGGGAAAAUAUUAAGUGGAGGUAGAGGAAAAACAAUCAAUAGUUCAAGGCAGAAAUGUAGCACAACACCUUCCUUGCAUGCCAAUUCAAUGUCAUUUGAGGACAAGCAAAAGCUGAGAAAAGAGCUCAUGGAAGUGUCAAGGGGAAAGAUGCCACCCUACUUGGGUGGUUUUCUUCGAAGACAUGGCAUGACCUGCCAAAAUAUAGAAACAAUGGAGGUGAACAUUGAUAAAUUUGAUGAAGAAACUUUAUUGGAGCUGAGAAGAGUGAUGAAGAUCUCAUGCGAUGCAAGAACUGAAAAGGUAGAGUGCACUAAAACAGCAGAAAAUUGCAGAACCAAAUCAUCUGGGAAAGACCUAGACAAAGGCACUGAUAGAAACAAUGCUCAUGCUUGUGGUUCUGGGAAUACCAAGUUGCCAUUGAGCCUUCAGAAUGAUUCAAACAAUGGAUCCUCAAGUGAUCUAUCUACAGAGAGAUCAUUCGUUAAAGAUUAUCGUGCAUGUUCAAGUGAUGCUUCUGAACCGAAUUGUCAGGUGAAAAACACAAUAUCACGGAUUAGCAAAUCAGAUCCAGAUUCUGAUGGUGCAGUAAGUGCAGUGGAUGAUGAAAACAUCUGUACUAGUUCUCACCCUAUGACUCCUACUACAGCAGCUGCUCCCGGUGAAGGAUGGAUAACUCCAAUUUUUGAUGUCCAACUAUCACCGAAGAAAGCUCUCCGUGCGGCAAUGCUAAAAAGCCGUUUUGCAGACACUAUCUUGAAAGCACAACAGAAGACACUUCUUGACCAUGGUAAUAAAGCUGAUCGAGUGAAAAUGCAACAGAAAAAGGAAAGACUAGAAAAGAAACAGCUUGAAGAGAAAGGUAGACUUGAAGCUCAAGUCAGAGCUGCUGAAGCUGCCUCACGAAUGAAGGCAGAGACUGAAUCCAAACUGCAGCGGGAAAAAGAAAGGGAAGCUGCACGAGUUGCAUUGCAGAAGAUGGCAAGGACUGUUGAGUUCGAGAAUAAUGUGCAGAUUGUAAAAGAGCUUGAGAAGCUCAGUGGUUGUGUCCUCACUUACCAGUAUUAUCGUCAGAGAGACUCCAAAGUGCAAUUGAGGGCUUUCAACUUUGGAAAUCCGUUAGAGCGAUUGGGUUUGUAUAUAAAGGAUGACUUCUUCGUUGAUGAAGAUGAAAAGAUAAUUUUGAAUGAAGAUGGGGAGGAGGGAGAGAUUCUUUAUUAGUACUGAAACCCAAACUGUCUUUUUUCCAGCUCAAUUUGUUUAUAUAUUUUGUAAUUGGAGAGGGAAAGAAGACAAUGGUGUUAUAAAUGAGUGUUAUUUUUAAAGAACAUUCUACUGAAUUUACUAAUUUUGAUCAUCUAGGUGUUUACCUUGACUUGUAAAGGAAUUGUAAAUGAAUAUUCUUUAUAGCGUUAUAGUGAAAUAUGCUAGUACUCACCCGUCCUGCCUGAUACAGAUCUAAUAAAUACUUUUUCUUGUUCCUUUUUC